UAUUGACUAGCAUCGCUUCAAAUUGAAACAAAGCCCAUCAUCGCACUUCCCCCAAUUACAAAAAAAAAAAAAGACAAAGAUUCGAAUGCAAAUGUCAAAGACCCCUAAAUUCACAAAUUCGAUGACCAAGACAGAAGAGAGCAGCAUGAACCGUUUGACGUGAUAUCUCCGGGCUUCAUUGCAUUAACGUAUAUAGGACGCGGAUUUGUGACUAUAAAUGGGGCCCAUGCUUUUAUUAUUGUAUUAGUAUUUCUCUUCCACACGUCUCUCUUUCGACCACAGGCUUCUCCCCUUCUAAUAAUAACGACAUCUAAUUGCUGCUUCUCAGCAGAUUCUUCUUAACUGGAACAAGUUAUGACGAAGCUUCUAGAGAUGAAUCUUCACACCCUUCGUUUUGCCGAGGGGUUUUGUCGUACCAGAUUAAGUGUUGCUUCCUUGGCAACUUCACCCUUUCGGUUAUCUUCUAGUGGAUAUUGCGGCAAAACUCGUAUCUCUUCCCGCUUGAAAUUUGCUUGCUAUGCAACAGUGUCUGCUGUGGUAGAGAAGAACACCUCAGAUUUCGAUGGAAAGGAAGCAGCUUUGCUUGUGGAAGAGCUCAGAGUCAACUUCAACUCCGGCGGAACAAGGAGCUACGAGUGGAGAAUUUCUCAGCUUCAGAACAUUUCCAGGAUGAUUGAUGAGAAGGAGAGAUGCAUCUCCGAAGCUUUGCAUCAAGAUCUUUCCAAGCCUGAGCUUGAAGCUUUUCUAGCUGAGAUUUCGAAUACAAAGUCAUCCUGUGUGCUUGCAAUCAAAGAGUUGAAGAACUGGAUGGCUCCCGAAACGGUAAAAACCUCUGUGACAACAUUUCCUUCGUCUGCGCAAAUAGUCUCAGAACCGCUUGGCGUUGUUUUGGUUAUCUCAGCCUGGAAUUUCCCUUUCUUAUUGUCUGUUGAGCCAAUCAUUGGAGCUAUUGCAGCUGGUAAUGCGGUUGUACUAAAACCUUCUGAAAUUGCUCCGGCGACAUCUUCUCUUUUAGCAAAGUUGUUUAGUGAAUACUUGGACAAAUCAACAAUCAGAGUUAUCGAGGGAGGAGUCCCUGAAACAACAGCACUACUGGAUCAGAAAUGGGAUAAGAUAUUCUUCACUGGUGGAGCAAGAGUUGGUCGCAUUGUAAUGGCUGCAGCUGCGAAACAUCUUACACCAGUGGUUCUCGAACUUGGUGGGAAGUGUCCAGCUCUUGUUGAUUCAGAUGUUAAUCUACAAGUGGUUGCUAGGAGGAUCAUAGCAGGGAAAUGGGCUUGUAACAACGGACAGGCUUGCAUUGGAGUCGAUUACGUGAUCACAACAAAAGAUUUUGCAUCAAAACUGAUAGAUGCUCUCAAGACUGAGUUGAAGACAUUCUUUGGAGAAAAUCCAUUAGAAUCAAAGGACCUGUCGCGGAUUGUGAACUCUUUCCACUUCAAACGGUUAGAGAGUAUGUUAAAAGAGAAUGGAGUCGCUGAUAAAAUUGUUCAAGGAGGGCAAACAAGCCAAGAUAAGCUGAAAAUAUCUCCAACGAUACUAGUGGAUGUGCCAGAGGCAUCUUCCAUGAUGCAUGAAGAGAUAUUUGGACCAUUGCUUCCUGUAAUUACGGUACAAAAGAUCGAAGACGGUGUUCAGGUUAUACGUUCAAAGUCAAAGCCUUUAGCAGCGUAUCUCUUCACAUACAGCAAAGAGUUGCAGAAGAAAUUUGUGCAGGACGUAGCUGCAGGAGGCAUUGGCAUCAAUGACACCGUCUUACACGUAACUGUGAAAGAUUUGCCAUUUGGAGGAGUCGGGGAGAGUGGGAUCGGGGCUUACCACGGGAAGUUCUCGUAUGAGACGUUUAGCCAUAAGAAAGGAGUUCUCUACAGGAGUUUUGCUGGGGACUCGGAUCUUAGAUACCCUCCUUACACACCCAAAAAGAAGAUGUUGCUUAAGGCCUUGCUCUCUUCAGAUAUAUUUAGUGCCAUUUUGGCUUUCUUUGGCUUCUCUGGAGACUCAUGAUUACACAACUUGCUGAAACUGUUCAAUGUGAAUGUUUCCAUGGAGAUAUACAAGAUCAAUAUUAAAAAUUAGUCGUAGAAACCGAAUUGCUAUUCUUUUUUAUGAAUAAAAGUUAUGUUUCACACUCAGCCCUUGAAUUAGUUACAUUUGUCGUCUGUAAGUGUUGGGCAAUGAUAUGAUCGAAUUUUUUCUAAGUCAUGUUA